AUGGCGGCGAACGUGUACCUCUUCCGCGAUGCCCGUGCGGCCCCGGAUCCGGUGCUGGAGGCCGGCCCGGUGGCUCCCGGGCCGCAGCCGGUGCCGCUGGUGCUGGACAACGGGUCGUUCCAGGCCCGCGCCGGCUGGGCGUGCCCCGGGCCGGACCCGGGCCCCGAGCCGCGCCUGCAGUUCCGCGCCGUGUGCGCCCGCGGGCGCGGCGGGGCGCGCGGCGGGGCGGGCCCGCAGGUAGGCAACGCGCUGGGCAGCCUGGAGCCGCUGCGCUGGAUGCUGCGCUCGCCCUUCGACCGCAACGUGCCGGUCAACCUGGAACUGCAGGAGCUGCUGCUGGACUACAGCUUCCAGCACCUGGGUGUCUCCUCACAGGGCUGUGUGGAUCACCCCAUAGUUUUGACAGAAGCCGUGUGCAACCCCCUGUACUCGCGACAGAUGAUGUCUGAGCUGCUUUUCGAGUGCUACGGCAUCCCCAAGGUCGCCUACGGAAUAGACAGCCUCUUCAGUUUCUACCACAACAUGCCGAAGAAGGCCGUUUCCAGUGGGCUCAUCAUCUCCUCCGGAUACCAGUGCACGCAUAUCUUACCCAUCCUAGAUGGCAGGUUAGAUGCUAGAAACUGCAAGCGCAUCAAUCUUGGAGGAAGCCAAGCAGCUGGCUACCUCCAGCGUCUCCUGCAGCUCAAGUACCCUGGGCACCUGGCAGCCAUCACCCUGAGCCGCAUGGAGGAGAUCCUGCAGGAGCACAGCUACAUCGCCGAGGACUACGUGGAAGAGUUGCAGAAAUGGCGGUGUCCUGAUUACUACGAGAACAACGUCCACAAGAUGCAGCUGCCGUUUUCCAGCAAGCUGCUGGGCAGCACCCUGACCUCUGAGGAGAAGCAGGAGCGGCGGCAGCAGCAGCUGCGCAGGCUGCAGGAGCUGAACGCGCGGCGGCGGGAGGAGAAGCUGCAGCUGGAUCAGGAGCGGCUGGACAGACUGCUGUAUGUGCAGGAACUUCUAGAGGAUGGUCAGAUGGAUCAGUUUCACAAAGCUCUCAUCGAGCUGAACAUGGACUCCCCGGAAGAGCUGCAGUCCUACAUUCAGAAGCUCAGUGUGGCAGUGGAGCAAGCUAAGCAGAAGAUCCUUCAAGCGGAAGUAAACCUCGAGGUGGAUGUGGUGGACAGCAAACCAGAGACCCCUGACCUGGAGCAGCUGGAGCCGGCUCUGGAAGACGUGGAAAGCAUGAAUGAUUUUGAACCUUUGUUUUCGGAGGAAACACCUGAAGCAGAGAAGCCAGUCACCACCGUUCAGCCUGUGUUCAACCUGGCAGCCUACCAUCAGCUGUUUGUUGGGACAGAAAGAAUUCGAGCUCCAGAAAUUAUUUUCCAGCCGUCUCUCAUUGGAGAAGAGCAGGCCGGAGUGGCAGAGACUCUGCAGUACAUCCUGGACAGGUACCCGAAGGACACUCAGGAGAUGCUCGUUCAGAAUGUCUUCCUCACUGGCGGGAACGUGAUGUACCCCGGGAUGAAAGCCAGGAUUGAGAAGGAGCUGCUGGCGAUGAGGCCCUUCCAGUCUUCUUUCCAGGUUCACCUUGCCUUGAACCCUGUGCUGGAUGCCUGGUAUGGUGCUCGUGACUGGGCCUUGGACCACCUGAAUGAUGACGAAGCCUGGAUCACCAGGAAAGACUAUGAAGAGAAGGGGGGCGAGUUCCUCAGGGAGCACUGUGCUUCCAACGUCUACGUCCCCAUCCGCCUGCCCAAGCAGGCCUCGCGCUCCUCGGAAGCCCAGGCAUCCAUCAAAGGCCCAGGGCCCGGUGGAAGUGGUGCUGGCGAGCAGGCGUAGCAGGGAUCCUGCGCCUAACACCCGGGAGCCACCUGGGCAGAUUGACGGGGCAGUGCUGUGCCAGAAGAUUCUGCCCUGAGGCCAGCGGUCACGUUUGGCUGCAGAAUGAUUUCUCCUGGGGAGAAGAAUUAUGGGACACAGGGAGUUGUCACCCUUGAGGGUGCUGUUCACAUGGACUGCUCUGGGAAGAGCUGGUGGACGACCUCUGGUGUCCGUGUUGAGCCGUGGUGACUGUGGCUUCAGGUUCCUGCAGCAGCGAGUGCAGGCAGAGCAGAGGGCAGAGAUGGAGAGAUGAGCAAGAAAGCCACAGUAUUAUUUAAAGAGAUCCUUUAAAAUGUAUUGUAUCUGUGUGGAUAUUGUAUUUUUGUAAAUUUACUCAGAAGAUGGGUGACUGUCCAGCAGGGGGAGAUCUUUCAUGUACAUACACUAAAAGGUUACGUUUAUGUAAUAAAAGCAUCACCCACACACUCUAAGGAACUGGAAAUAAUUUCCUUCCCCCUAUUAUUUUCCUUACAAAUGAGAAAAAAGGCCCACAGAGGGUCACCAACUUGCACAGAGUUCAUUCUACUGGCCAGGGACCUCCUGUCCGCUGGUUCACUCCCUAAAUGCCUGCAGUGGCCAAGACUGGUCUGGGGCUGAACCCCGGGGACCAGGAACACAAUCCAGCUCUCAGGUGGUUAGCAGGAACCCAGUUACUUGAGCUGUCACUACUGCCUCCUGGGGUGUGCAUUAGCAGGAAGCUAGAGUUAGAGCUGGAGCCAGGAAUUGAACCCAAGGACUCCAGUAUGGGAUGCCGGUGUCUUAACUGGUAGGCUAAAUAUCCACCUCCGCAGUUUCAUCUUCAGUGGGCAAAUGAAUCCUCUCUGAGGAAUACUGUAAGAAAAGACUAAAACAAGAAAAUGCAAACUAAAACUUUUUAGCAGAUAAUGCAUCUCCCUCCACAUACAGACAAAGGCCGCUACAGGGCAGCUGAUGACCGUGAACUGUAGAUAGAUUAGGGAGCGCAGGUGUGAGGACGCCAGAGAGCCCGUGAGCAGUGCUGGCCGAAGCAUGGGGACACGUGAGGGGGGGCAGGCAGGACUCGGGGAAAAAAACAAAAGGGGAAAAUUAUCUCAGAAACUUGAAUUCAAGUGCAAGACAGUGACAUAUUUUGCAGUGAUAUGUUGCAUCCUUGAAAGUUGACGAGACAGUAGACUUCAGUGUGUUCAGCAUGAGAGAUUGAGAUGUAACGAGCUCCCUUUAGCCUUCUCACAAAGCAUACAUAUUUCAGAGCAGCAUCUUGUCAUAAAUCUAUGCAAUAUUUAUUUGUCAAAUAAGAGGGGGAAACACCUUUCAGCAUGAAAGAAGAGGGUACGCAAUUGAAAAGAUACAAAGAAUAAGAGAAAGUAAUAAAAAUGGACAAAGGCAAAAGAAACCGCAUCAAGUUGUAUAUAGUUGAAGACCAUAAAGUUCAACUAUACUGAAUUGUUCUCAUUGUGGUAAAAGCCACAUGACAUAAAAUUUAAACUGUCUUAACCAUGUUUGCACGUUCUUGGUCAGUAGCUCUCUUUCUCAUGUUGCAAAAUAAAAACUCCAUUGG